AUGGAGAAGUCUAACUCUGAAGCGGAGAAGACCGAAUCUGAGCAGACCAGCAGUGAGGAUAGUGGCGGAGGGGGUCAAAAUGGCAUUCACCACCAGCAGACAACGGAGUCUUUUGAGCAGGAGGCAGAGUUUGUGCGUGCCGAUACUUCCGAAGCACACUCUCCUCUUGUCCAAGAGAGUGCUGAAGCGGAAGGACCUCGUAAUGCGGCGCCCUCUCCUCGAUCGGUGCGGCGCCGACGUGCUCAGAAGCAUGCUCAAGCGGCGGCUGUGAGAAAGGCACCGGCCACAAAGAACAAUCAGCGCGGUGCAUUGCGAGCAUUUCAGAAGUUCUGGAGAGGUGACCCAUAUAAUCUAGAAGGACAGCAAGAAGUGAAUGAGAAGAAUGUACGAACAUUUUUUGACGAGAUCGAAGAAGAGCGGAGCCCCACUAUCGACAAGUAUGUAAAAGGCCUGCAACUGACCAUGCGUCAGAUCUGGGCAGCAGCGGGAAAGACAGGCCCUGAGCCCAAUAUAAGGCGGUACGACGAGGUCAAGCAUCGACGGGCUGCGGCAAAAAAGGCAACCGCUGCACUGAGAAGAAAGCAUGGGUAUGACAAACAACGUGACAAGCCGGACCGCAUCUCGCGUCAAGAUAUCACCCGCGUCGUCGAUCUGAUGACAAAGUACCUUUGCCUGACGAAAGAGAAGCUUGCGGAGCACAAGAUGACACGUGGCACGUUGAUUAACAUGAGGGCGGACGUGCUUGAGUGCAUACACCUAGAAGAGGAGAUUGGCCCCACCCCCGGGUAUACCCUUGACAUCAUCAACGACAUCGGGAAGACCAACGAAAACGGCAAUAUGGAAGUGACGUCUGUUCUUCAGAACAAGGACGCUGCCAUGUACACCUGGAAGAAGUCGCCGGGGCGGAAAGGGGAGGAGGCAGGGUACAGCUACUCGACGCAGCGGAAAUACAUCCAACACUUCAUGAAAGUGCUGGGCAUCGAGCAUCGACUCGCGGAAAGCGACGCACGUCGGCCGUCGCCAUGGUGCUCGCAAAGCCGCGAUCUGGGCGUCACGCGGCCCGACGUCAAGAAGUACGCUCGAUUUACAACAAAUCGCAGCGACCACUUUUCGCGGUCGUAUGCCCAGGACUCCCCGAUGACCCUCCAGUUCGGGAUGGCCGGGUUUCGUAAAGAGGCGGUUGAGCGCAACUUCACCGAUGGGUACCGGCUCGCUAGGCUGAUUCCGACAAUUCCUCAGGAGCUGUUGAAGAAGUUCUGUCCAUGGGUCGAGAAGGAGUAUCGAGAGAUCAAGCAGCGGAAUGCAAGUGCGACCCUGGACGGAGAUAAACGGGUGACGUCGGAGAACUUCUUCCAGUUCUUGGCGUGCGGAAAAGAAGUCUUCCUCUCAAGUCUUGCCGCAAUGGAGCCGGUGUACCCGAACCUGUGCUUGUUCGAAGACAUGAGCUUGUUUGAGAACCGUGCCUGGGUGGAGUACAAGCGAGCGGUCCAAGAAGCUGAUGCGAGUCCUGAUCGUUGCCUUCCCCCACGGCAGGAUAAUCAGUCUCUGCUUAUGACGGAGCUCCGGAAACACUCCGACCAGCUCGGGGAGCUCUUCCGGGUGUUCCGGGACUUUGCUGCUCGUCGGGAAGGCGCCGGCGUUUCUGACGGCUCGCCCCCUUCGCCGCACGGACCACCUCCGCCACCGCGGCCAGUCCAAAGGGCGAGAGGCAGCGCGGCAGACGAGCGGCAGCCCGAAACAGGACGCGCAGUUUGCGAGCGCGGGUUGGUAUCAACCGGGGACAGGUUCGGAGGUUUGACGCGGGUGAUGAGCCGGCCGGGGGACGAGCAACCGGGGGGUUUUCGAGCGGCAGAGAGACCCGGGGAGGGGACGUCAGGGAAGGAACCGGACUUGGGGAGCGGAGAGAAGGGACCCGGGGGGCGUGGAGAGAACCGGCUAGUCGAGCGCAUGGGGACGAAGCACCGGGCGGAGCGGCGGGAAUGCGUGCUCAUCCGGGGCGGGGUACAGAAACCGCAAAUGGGGCUCAAGGUGCCGAAGAAGUGGGGCUACGUGCUCGGGGAGGAGGCCCAGCCGAAAGCGACGGCGGAAGCGAGGAGGUCUAUGAAGAAGGUGAACCGGUCCCUGGUCAGCCGUACGUCUAUCCGUGGCCGGCAUGCAGCACUGUAGUUGAUGUGUAUCGGGAAAUGCACUCCGGUUUUGCCGCGCACAUGCCGGCUCUCGUAGAGUUGGAACGUGCGCAUGGCUCUGCGUGGCGACGGGGAAAAGGUCACCGGCAAAGGUUUAACGAGAAGGUACAAAUCUGUAAAUAUGUGGAGCACAUUCAAAGGGAGCACGGUUUUGAGAAUGGAGUGACUGCGGUGGACUACCUGUCCGGGAGGUAUAAAAGCUUGAAGUCCCUCUUGAAGGAUC